AUGGACCUCCACAGGGCAGCCUUCAAAAUGGAGAGCUCAUCCUACUUGCCAAAUCCCCUGGCCUCCCCAGCACUCAUGGUCCUGGCCUCCACUGCUGAAGCUUCUCGCGAUGCUUCCAUUCCCUGCCAGCAACCACGCCCAUUCGGUGUCCCAGUUUCUGUGGAUAAAGAUGUCCAUUUGCCAUUUAACAAUGGUUCGUACACUUUUGCAUCAAUGUACCACCGCCAAGGUGCUGUGCCACCAGGAUUCCCCAACAGGGACUUUCCUCCAUCCCUCCUCCACCUCCAUCAUCAGUUUGCCCCACCUAACCUAGACUGCUCGCCAAUCAGCAUGCUGAAUCACAGCGGCGUUGGCGCCUUCAGGCCCUUCGCUUCUCCUCAAGAAGAUCGGGAUGGGGUACCAGGCGGGUAUCAGUCUGCUUUCACUCCAGCCAAGCGCCUCAAGGGCUGCCUGGAUGCAGAUUCUUCACCCCACCUGCGGUACUCUGAUGCUGAGGGGAAAGAAUAUGACUUUGGUGGUGGCCAGAUCCCUCCUGGAGGCUCGCCCAGCAGCGCCUUGAAGGCAGUGGAGGACAGCGGGAAAAAGAUCUUCGCCGUGUCUGGCCUCCUGUCUGAUCGAGAGACCUCCUCCAGCCCUGAGGACCGCAUCGAGCGUUGUAAAAAGAAGAUGUCUCUGUACGACAGCCAGGCUCCAGUCUGUCCCAUCUGCCAGGUGCUGCUCAGGCCCGGAGAGCUUCAGGAACACAUGGAGACAGAGAUAGACAGGCUAGCCUCCAUAUGCCUCAGUAAGAACCAGUCACCCAAGGAUGGAGCAGCCACUCCAGGAACCCCCAAGUCGAUGCUGUUGUCCGUGCACAUCAAGCGUGAGGGAGAGUCUCCGGUGGUCUCGCCCCUGUCUUCUGAAGACGCCCACCACUCCGACAGAUACCAGACAUUUUUACGAGUUCGGUCAAACAGGCAAACAAGAUUGAAUGCCCGUAUAGGAAAGAUGAAGAGGAGGAAGCCUGAGGAGGGGGGCCAGGUAUGUCCGCUGUGCAGCGCCCCAUUGGCUGGGAGCGAGGAGGAGAUGAGUAGACAUGUGGAACAAUGCCUGAUCCAGCGUGAGGGAGCGUUAGACGACGACUCCGCAGACAUGGACGGCGAGAACGGGCGGGGCUUUGAGGAGUACGAGUGGGCGGGGCAGAAGAGGAUCAGAGCCACGGCUUUGCUGGAGGGAGGAUUCAGAGGAACCGGUUUCGCCACGUGUAGCAUUAAGGAAAGCGCCGACAGCGACGCCGACCUGGACGUGGACGGAGACGACACCCUGGAGUACGGCAAGGCCCAGUACACCGAGGCAGACAUCAUCCCCUGCUCGGGAGCCGGAGAGGACCAAGGAGAGGCCAGAGAGAGGGAGGCGCUACGGGGAGCCGUGCUCAAUGGCGGGAUGCCUUCUAACAGAAUAACGCCCGAGUUCUCCAAGUGGGCCAGUGACGAGAUGCCUUCAACGAGCAACGGGGAGAGCAGCAAGACGGACCCCAGCACCCUUUUAUCCUCCUCCUCCUCCUCCUCUUCCUCCUGCGCCCCGCGCACCUGUAAAAACAGCGAGAUCGAAAAAGUAACGGAGGAGGAGUCCACGGCGACCACCAUGGAGGCUCUGAAGGCCCGAAUCAGAGAGCUGGAGAAGCAGAUACUGAGAGGAGACCGAUACAAGUGUCUCAUCUGCAUGGACUCCUACACGAUGCCGCUCACCUCCAUUCAGUGCUGGCAUGUUCAUUGUGAAGAAUGCUGGCUAAGGACUCUGGGGAACAAGAAGCUGUGCCCGCAGUGCAACACCAUCACCUCACCUGGAGACCUGAGGCGUGUCUACUUGUAAAAGAGCACACACCCCCGCCCCCACAACGUUUCUUCAUCCUUCCGAUCCAUUCCUCCAUCAUCUUGGAUUUCUUCUCCCCCGUGUGAUCAUGAUUUGUUUUUUCUUUUUUUCCUCGCGGCCCGGGUCGGUAGCUCCUAAACCUUCCAAGAGCCCACAAAGACAAGACGGGCUGUCUUUGAGACUCUGGCUCUUUCAGGAAACUUGGCUUGAAUUCAUGACUUUGAGCACAGCGCUCACCGGCUGUCUGCUUGGCCACCCACGAAAAAAAAAGCCAGAAAGAAACAUGCGGAUGCGCUGCAGUCCUACUGGCCAACAGGCUUAAUGUGACUCCCUCUACAUACUGAAGAACUUUAUAUUCAGUGGAGAGCCUGAUGCAUCCAGCUAAGCCCUGCUGAGACCUGGUAGCUUCACCCCGCUGGAGCUGGACCUAAAAGGAACUUCUUAAUACAGAAUCUAAAGACUGCUCCCCCUUCCUCCUCCUCCUCCUCCUCGUCUAGCUCUUGACAUUUCAGUGGUGCUGGACAACAGGCUGAUGACUUGACAGAAAGCUGCUUUUAGUUUGUUUUUCCUCCUACUCCCGACAGAGAGAAAACUCUUAUCUUCACGCCCCUGUUGCUUAAGAGAAUUUUAAAAAAGAAAAAGAAAAAAAAAAGGGCCUGUCCACUAAAACUGAGCUUUCAACCAAACUGAGAAUAACCUCACCACCUUGAAAAGGAGUUUGACACUCCUCCUCCUUCUCCACCUAUUCUUCUUCUCCUUCCCCUACCCUACCUUUCCUCCCUCUUUCGUGGUGUUAUAGUGAAGUAAACCAAAAGCCCCCCACCCCGCCCCUCCUCCCCUCCCUAAGAUGCAGUGCAAGCACAUGUAAUAUAGUUCUAUGUAUGUUUACAAUGUUGGGUGUAAAUGACAUAGAGUUCACACACACACACACACACACACACACACACACACACACACACACACACACACACACACACACACACACAAACACACACACACACAUAUGCACACAUUUACCAUCAGCAAACACACACACACACAAAAGUAUAUAAUAUCAAAGUCCUGUUUUUAGUUGGAAGGGUUUGGGAAUGAUGUUUAAGGGGGGGCGGGGGAGGGGGUAAAAAAAAGGCUUAAAUUUAAAAAAAGGCCUUGUGUAUUUUUAAAAAGAAGAUCAUUUGAAGAUCCGUCAAAGUUUUAUUUCACUGUACAGGAAUUUAAGAAAUUAAGUAAUAAUAAACUACUCGAGACUAGAUGGUCAAGAUUUAGGUGGUGUAAUUUUUUUCUGCGGAGUACCUUGAAAAACUGUAGAUCUGAACAUGAAGCAAGGAUAGAUUUUUUUUUUCUCGUUAGUCUUAACGAACGGAGAGAUUCCUUAUCGCCCAAGACUUACUGCGACCAAGCAGACCGAUGGAACCUCUCCAGUUGCAACAAUGUCCAACUGAGCCUCUUCUUUUAACCUCCAUCUGCGCUUCUUCUCAGUUGGGGAGUAACAACAUGCUCAGAUCAUAGUCUAGACACUUUAUUUUUGUUUAGUUUUACCCCUACAUGUCUCAGAAGAAAGCUUUUUUUUCCCUCCAUUGUUCUCAUACUGCUAUGCUGCAACAAAAAAAAAAAAGGUCCCGAAAAUGGCAAACUCCCCGAAGGGCAGGUUCUUUCUGACUAUAAUAAGACGAGAUGGAUGACCAAGACUGUCAACCUCCAGAUCACGCAACUCCCCUCCUCCUCUUCCUCCACCCUCCUCUUCCUCCCUCCAACCUCCUCCCCCUCCUUCCCUUUUACGGCAGCAGCAGCCAAGGUGGUGGUGUGCUUUGUGUUUGUAAAACUAUGUAUUCUGUGAUGUCUGUAUUGUUGUAAGAAAUGCUGAAAAAAAAAAAAAUAAGAAAAAAUAAAACUUCUCAAAUAUCA